CUUCCUCUCCUCAAUCGCGAAGCUGCGCUCACCGACUGGAAACCGCCAACAGGGAUGCAGCGAGGGCGCAGCGCAGCCUGAAAAAUGGCACCACAACGCGUCCCGUGGAUCUAUCCCUCCCUUCCCCUCGUGCUGCUUUUACACGCGUUGUCGCCGUCGGGCGCCUUAAGGAAUUACCCGGAGAAUGAAGUUACUUUGCUGGAUUCGAUGUCGGCGCUGGCCGACCUCGGCUGGGAGGCUUACCCGAGUGAGGGGUGGGAGGAGAUCAGUGUCAUGGAUGAGAGGAACACGCCGAUGAGGACGUACCAAGUAUGCAAUGUAAUGGAAGCCAACCAAAACAACUGGCUCCGAACGCGCCACAUCAGCCGGGAGGGAGCGCAGCGCAUCUACAUCGAGAUCAAGUUCACCCUGAGAGACUGCAACAGCCUGCCGGGGGUCCCCGGGACCUGCAAAGAGACGUUUAACAUGUUCUACUAUGAGUCCAACAAUGCCAACCUGUGGUUCAUCAAGGAGAGUCAGUACGUCAAGAUUGACACUAUUGCAGCAGAUGAGAGCUUUACACAGGUGGACGUCGGCGACCGGGUCAUGAAGCUGAACACGGAGGUCCGAGACAUCAGCAACUUAAGCAAAAAGGGUUUCUACCUGGCCUUCCAGGACCUCGGCGCCUGCAUCGCCCUGGUCUCAGUCAGAGUCUUUUACAAGAAAUGUCCACUCACCGUCCUCAACCUGGCCCAGUUCCCUGACACAAUAACUGGGGGAGACACGGCUCUGGUGGAAGUCCACGGCGCGUGCGUGAACGCCUCGGAGGAGUUCGAGCCUCCCAAGAUGUACUGCAGUGCAGACGGAGGCUGGCUCGUCCCCAUCGGGAGAUGUGUAUGCAAACCGGGCUUUGAGGAGAACAAGGACGUCUGCCAGCCAUGCAGACCUGGAACCUACAAAGCUUCCGCCACAGAUGCCUUCUGCACCAAAUGUCCUCCCCACAGCUCGUCCCCGCAAGAACAAGCCGAUGAAUGCAUCUGCGAGAAAGGUUUCUACCGCGCCGAGUCGGACCCACGCUCCAUGGCCUGCACUCGUCCUCCUUCUGCUCCAGAGAAUCCCAUCUCGACGGCGAACGAGACCUGUGUCACCUUGGAGUGGUCAUCGCCCCGAGAUACAGGAGGCAGAGGAGAUAUCACUUACAGCAUCCAGUGCAAGAAGUGUUUUGGAGAGGCCAAGAAGUGCACGCCGUGCGGCAGCAGUGUUCAUUUUGUUCCCAGACAGUUUGGUCUGUCGUCGAACACGGUGUUGAUCACCGACUUGCAGCCAGACUCCAACUACAGCUUUAUCAUCGAGAGCCAAAACGGAGUCUCGGACUUAAGUCCAGUACCGAGAGGGACUGUUGUCAUAAACGUCACCACGUCGCAGACAGUGAGUGUUGUGUUGAAGGAAAGGCGGAGCAAGGACAGCGUGACUUUGGCCUGGCAGGGUCCGGAGAGACCAAACGGAGCAAUAGUGGAGUAUGAGGUCAUUUAUUAUGAGAAGAACCAGCGGGAGCAGAACUACACGGUUUUGAAGACGCGCUCCAACAUGAUGACGGUGGACGGGCUAAAACCAGGGACCACCUAUGUGUUCAGGGUCAGGGCUCGCACUGACGGGGGCUAUGGGAGCUACGGUGGAGAAAUCGAGCUGGAAACCAGCCACGAAGAUGUCCUGGCCAUCGGGGAUCCAAACCAGUCGACCAUUUUGGUUGUGUCCAUCACCGGGGGGAUUGUUGUCUUUGUCUUCUUGGUGACCUGCUUUGUUGUCAGCAGCAGGCAUUGUGGAUACAUCAAAGCCAAGCAGGACCCGGAUGAGGAGAAGAUGCAGUUCCAGCAUGGCCGAGUGAAGCUUCCAGGCAGCAGGACGUAUAUCCAUCCUCACACCUACGAAGACCCCAACCAGGCUGUCCGAGACUUUGCCAAAGAGAUCGAUGCUUCCAAUAUUCGGAUAGAAAGAGUCAUUGGCGGUGGAGAGUUUGGGGAGGUGUGUAGCGGCCGGCUGCGUGUUCAGGGGAAGAGGGAGAUCUAUGUAGCCAUCAAGAGUCUGAAGGCGGGGUACUCUGACAAACAGAGGCGGGACUUCCUGUCUGAGGCCUCCAUCAUGGGACAGUUCGACCACCCCAACAUCAUCAGGCUGGAGGGUGUGGUCACUAAAUGUAAGCCGGUGAUGAUUAUAACAGAGUUCAUGGAAAAUGGAUCUCUGGACACUUUUCUCAAGAAACAUGACGGUCAGUUCACAGUCAUCCAGCUGGUGGGCAUGCUGCGCGGCAUCGCCUCAGGUAUGAAGUACCUGUCAGACAUGAGCUACGUUCACAGAGACCUGGCUGCUCGAAACAUCCUGGUGAACAGCAACCUGGUGUGCAAAGUGUCGGACUUCGGAUUGAGCCGGGUUCUGGAGGACGAUCCCGAGGCGGCUUACACUACAAGGGGAGGCAAGAUCCCCAUCAGAUGGACGGCUCCAGAGGCCAUAGCCUACAGGAAGUUCACCUCAGCGAGUGACGUAUGGAGCUACGGCAUCGUCAUGUGGGAGGUGGUUUCAUACGGAGAACGACCGUACUGGGAGAUGUCCAAUCAGGAUGUGAUCAAAGCAAUAGAUGAGGGUUACCGUCUUCCUGCUCCCAUGGAUUGUCCUGUGGUGCUGCACCAACUCAUGUUGGACUGCUGGGAGAAGAGCCGCAGCGACAGACCAAAGUUUGGACAGAUUGUCACAAUUCUGGACAAACUCAUCAGAAACCCAGCCAGCCUCAGAGAGCUGGCCAAAAGCCUAGUAUGCAGUGAAGACCCGUCCAGCCCAGAGUUCAGCGUGAGCACAGUGGAUGAGUGGCUGGACGCCAUCAAGAUGGGCCAGUACAAGGAGAAUUUCUCCAGUUCGGGAUACGUCAGCUUGGACUCCAUUCUCUACAUUAGUGUCAGUGAGCUGGUUAAGAUGGGAGUGACUCUGGCCGGCCAUCAGAAGAAGAUUCUGUCCAGCGUGCAGAGCCUGCAGACCCAGGGGACGCACAUCCAAGUAUAAGAGUUUUCCCAUGAACACAGUGAGACUGGAUGCUCCUGUGAAGGGUCUCCCCACUGAAAUGGAUUAGUAAUGGAUACUCUGCGCUUUAGCCUCCAUUGAUUUUAAGACACACUUAGAUGGAGACAACAUGGACGCUUGCCUCCUUCACUACCUUGUGCUCCCUGUCCUCUGCGGACACUUCUGGCUUCAGCACUCAGAGUCCCAGCAGCACCAUCACCAUAUCGGAACAACAGAGAGACACGUUUCCAACGUCACGCCUCCAGCAUCCAAGACCAUUUCCGAACGUAUCAGCUUGAAAAAAAAAAAAAGAAAAAUCAAAAAAACCUAAAAAGACAAAAAAACAUUCUAGUGAUCAUCAUUGUUCGUGACGUGUACAGUUGGCUUUUAUCGCCUUUUCAUUUGUCUCUGAGAUAUCACAAUGAAGGAUUUAAAAAGGGUCAGAUGAUAUGUAUAUGUGCAGAAAUAUGUUUAUAGGGGCCGCGUGUCCCACAGCCGUAGACAUGGACCUAACGUUUGUAUCGGUGGUGACGGUUAUACUGCUCAGCUAAACACGGGAAAUAUGUAUUAACAGCCUCUUCUAUGGCUUUCUGAUCACAGAAACGAGCCAAAACAGCUGAUGACAUGAAUGUGCCGGGGGAGGGACGGGAAAAGUGAAACUGGACCUGAGGGAUGUAGAUUUUGCUAGGUGAGAUGGCGGUACGAUUUGUUUCAAAUAGGGUAUUUAGCCAGGACAAGGGCUUCCUAGAGAUUGCUUUCAAACACGCUUCCAUAGCAACUAGACAUAAGAGUAUGAUAAGUAGUCUGCCUGCACAUGCAAUGUGACUGCAAACAUGCAACAAAAAAAAAGGAUAAAAUGUUUUUCUUCCAUUCCGUGUUUUACAGUACAGAGUUUUCAGGAUGCUUGUUUUAGGGAGGUUGUGAAAGCACAUGAAAGUGCAGAAUGGUUUGCAGGGUUGAGCCAUGUACAGCAACCUUCUUCAUCUGGAUAAUGAACCACUAUUCCAGCUGUGAGCUUUCCUUUCAUCAGUCCCUGUCGUUGAAUGGUCACCACUAACAAUGAUUAGAGUGAUCUGUGUUUCCCCAAAAACUCUGCUUGAUCAAAUGGAGCCCAGUAAUGGACCCCUCUAUCAAGACAAAGUGGUUUUUGUUUGUUUUUUAAGAUGUGCUUCUACUCUUCUAGAAGGUAAAUCUUACUUAACCCUAUAACAUCAAAGCUCCGGUGUUUAUUGGGUUGGGCACCGAUCGGGUUUUAUUCGGUUCCGGUGCCAAAACGGUUCUUUUGUUUCGAUUCCUAUUCAGUGCCAAUACAGUAAUACAAGUAAGGCUUACAUCUUCCCAACUUAACAUAUUUUCAUUCCCAAGUUGUCACAUAUUGAUGCAUGAUUAAGACUUCUGUUUUAAAAAUUGACAUUUUGUGUUUCGUCGUUUUUUGAUAUGCAGGCUGGUUCCAUUAAGUCAGAGCUCCCCAACCUCCCAGCUGCAAACUGGUGAACCCGGCCUUCUUUCGCUGCGUGGCAAAUUUGCUGCUCCCGUUUGGGUGUCUCUCACACUUCCAAUGAAUGGAAGGCACAGAUUACAUUGAUCAGGUUUAUUUAUUGAGUUCUACAAAAAUCUAAAAAAAAAAAAAAAGAACAAAGGGCUUUGAUCUCACUCGUGGGUGUGUCUGGAUAACAGCCAUAUCCACUGUGUUUCUGUGUCUCUGUGACUGAGUUUGAAGGCUGCCCCCCAUUAACCCGAGAGGGGGGAAGAAAUAGAGGACCUUUUUUUUAAUUACUGUCUUAUAAAAUAAGAAAAAUAUCACAGUUCAGGAAACCCCAGCAGGCUGCUCCAGAUCCUCGCAACGGCUGUCUGUCUGCCGGCGUGUUGAUCGAGCUCCGCUGAAGUCUGGCUGCAGCCACCUCCGUGCUGCGACAGGACAAAAACACUCGUAUUGGGUUAGUAUUUUACCCGCUGAUCGGGUCACUAAAAAUGUCCAAAGCUGACUUCCUGAUUGGCUGAUGCAACGGAGGGACCUGUUAAACUUUUGUGACCUGCUGUUAAAUGCAGUCCGACACCGAUCUUGUACGAGCCCGCCUGCUAUCCCAGGAAGGCAGCAGGAUUGGCUGGAACUUCAAUGCACUGAACAGAGUAAAAAUUGACAUGUCCUAAUACAAAUAGACCUUCAUUGAAAGAGUUUGCUGCAGCUUCUUUCAGUUUAGUAGAACCGCAUGAAUCAUAACGGUUCCUACUUGGAACCAAAUUUCGGUGCCCAACCCUAUUGUUUAUGUUCUUUGAUUUUUUUUUUUUUUUUUUUUUNNAAUUGUUAACAUGAUCAACAUAGUUCCAAUAAAUUCUGAAGGAAAAUAGCGGCUCACGCCACUUUUUUACUUAAAAAUCUAUUGGUAUUUCGUUGAUCGUGUAAACAGCUCUAAAGUUACAUUAUGUAAAAGAUUUUGAGUUAAAGCGUCACCAGCAACACCUCAGGUGUUAAAGGGUUAAAGAAAGAUUCGUGUUGUCUCACUUUUUUCUUUCUUUUUUUUUUGCUGUGCUAACCAAUUUAUAAACCAAGUACCCAAACAAGAAAUCUCAAAACUGAGUUUCCACAUCAGAAGGAGACAGCUGCUUUUCACAGCUUUAUGUAAAAGGAUCCUUUCUUUACAGACAGUAAUAAUAAUAAUAAUAAUAAUGACCCGUUUGGUGUAUUGUAAAGCUCUUGAUUCAUGUGGUGAACAGUAGGACCAGUGGCAUAAAGUACAGUGUAUACCAUUGUAUCAUAGUGUAAAAUAUGUACAGUGUUGAUUUCCAAUGGUAGAAUGUUUGUAAUGAUAACAAUGAUGUACUUUUAUUGUGAAAAAGAGAUUUCCGAGUUUCUCGUUCAGGGGGGCAGGAGUUGUAGGAGGAAAGCAUAGGUUUGCUGGUCUGAAUAAAGGAAUGUAGCAUGAUGCAAAGCUUCAGCCUUGAUAGACGGGGACAGUGACUGCAGUGUCUAUGAUAGCGUUAGGAUGAGUAGAAUGGACUCUCUUUGUUUAUGCACUUACUAUAUUUCCAUAUCCACCCUGAACAGUCGGGACUUGCACUUUUUAGCCGGGGUUUAAACGCUUGUUCUAAAGAUAAAAAGGUGAAGGUGGAAUUUAAAAAGUAAAUGAUCCCAUCUUCAAGUCAUGCUUGAGUUGCUAUACCUUAGAUAAAAACUAUUUUAUCCCAGUCUUCAUUUCUUAAUAAACUUACAUUUUGCACUUAUAAUCAAGAGUACCUAGCUGCAGGUAAUAUGGCGGAUGUAAUGGCAGAUAGACCUGAUGGGGCCAAUGGAUGUCCAACAGAAGUUGCAUUUUAUCUAAAGGGCGGGAGUUGGUGAUCUCAAAAACGGAAAUUCUACUUUUAUGUUACUUUUUGUUGUUUAUGCUUUUAUUGUUGUGUUUUAUUUUAUUAAUAUUAUUUUCUUAACUCUUUGAGACCCACAGACAAUUUUAUAGAAAUAAAGAGAUGUCAAUUAUUUUUAGUUUUUGCAAGAGAAUCUGGCCACAGAGAAAUAAUAUGGUGCUUGAACAUUAAAAGCUGGAAGUCCCUCCCCCUGCCCGAGCCGGCCACAAAAAAAAAAUAAAUAAAUAAAAAAUUGCGCCCAAAACCAUUGGCUGGAAGUCCCCAACUGGAACCCCCAUUUUAAGCUUUCAAUCUUUUUUUCCCUUUGAUAUACCGUACCUGUUUACAUAAUCAGCUAAUUCACAGAGAAAAACAGCGGCAUUUCAACAGCUUUUUCUCCGGACGUAAAUGGGUGUAGUUAUGCAAAUUUAAACACUUGUUAAUAUUGACUUGAAAGAAAAAAAACGAUUGAUGUUCUCUGUCCCAUUUGAAGCUCAUCUUGUACACUGAACUGUUACAGAGUUUAUUCACAUUUAAAAGCUUAAAAAAUGAUAGUUCUGAGACGUUUUUAAAAUAUCAUUUUUGAAAAAGUUUUCCAAAGUUUUGAAAAUUUCCACCUACGCCAUCGGCUAAAGUUCCGAAAUUUUUGCUAGAGAUUGUUUCUGGCGCCAUCUUGCACGGCACCAGAGGCCCUGUCAGUUUUUGGACAAAAGUGAUCUUUUAUUGUAAUAAAUAUACACAAGACGAGCAUCGAUCUCUGACAGCUACAACGCAGAACAGAGUUCUGUGGUGGUCGGAGCAGAACAGAGCUGUCUAAUAGAAAUCCAACAACGAGGAAACCGAUAAUUGUUUCAAUUUUGAAUGGGGACCGACAUGAAUAACGAGCACCGCCAUUGUCUAAAAAUUGCGUAAACUCUGCGGUUCACCACAAAAGUCUUGCCUGCCACCGUUAUGGUGUUCGGAGUAGAUCCAACACGCCUCCACCAGAUUCCAGCCAAGCAGAACACUGGAAAUCCAGCUGGAUCAAACUUUUCCCAAAAAACUCUCUUUUAUUAUUUUUAGAAAAACACAAUAAGAAAAGCAUACUAAAAAACAGUUGAGAAGUUCACCCUGUGAGAAAAUAAACUUAAGUGUUAAAAAAAAA